AUGUAUGAGGAGAAGCUAUGGAAAGGCGUCCCAGAAUUUUCGGACGACUCCAAGAGCUUUGAGGACUUCAAGGGAGCGGUCUUGGCGUUAUACCCUGCCGUUAAGGAGGACCAGAGAUAUAGCAUCGGGGAUAUGGACCGUGUAGUAGGGGAAAGGCAGCAUGUGGGCAUCCACAAUUUGGCGGACUUAGCGGCAUUCCAUCGCGAUUUUCUGCUCAUCACUCGCUACCUCCGCAAAAACGACAUCAUAUCCGUUCGAGAGCAAGGGAGAGCGUUCCAGAGAGGCUUCCAGCCGGAGUUAUGGAACAAAAUAUUCACGCGCCUCCAGAUCAAGGACAUAGACCACUAA